AUAACGUAUUACCGGCUCUGGCAGCGUUAAGUUCUACUUGUUUUAAAAAUGGAUGUGAUCAUUCGAUCUUGUUAAAUUCACAACUGAAAUAAAGGUGUACAGUGCUGUAGACUGUCAGCCAUGUGGAGCCUGUAUAUUCUGGUGCUGGCUGGAACUGCUCAGUUAGGUAUUGAUGCAAUUGUGAGUUGUUGCGAUGCAUUAACGCUCAUUACUGCAACUGUCAACGAACUGAAGACUAUCAGAGUUACCUGUACCCCAGAGUUUACUACCUCCUGUAAAUGGGUUAUAACAGCACCUAUGGGGACAGCAGUAGGAGUGGAGUUUAGUCAAGUCAUUAUAGGAAGUCGUAACCAAAUAAUUCAUUCAAACGAACAAGGAAAUCAACUGGCAUCAUUUCAGGGUGAAAGUAGGACUAUUCCAUUGACUGUUGGAGGAACGUUCUCGACUAUCGAAAUACUUCCGGACAAUUCGAACAACCCACCCCAAGGGGGAGAAGAGGUGCUGGAGUUCAAGUACAUUGCCGCCGUGCAGACAACAUCUUCUGACACUGCAGCUGCCUGUUCCUCUACUGGGGAGACGAUUGACCUGGAAACUGGAAACAGAUGUAUUACCUCGCCCUUAUUUCCAUCAAAUUAUCCAGAAACAGAAACAAAUUGUAAAUGGACAAUUCAGACAGGUGGAAAAAUCAAGUACACCAUGUCUUUCUUUCACCUAGAGGCUGAAAGCACCUGUACAGACGCUGAUUUCUUGUCGAUCACUGUUCGAGGUAUAAUGGGGCAACCGGAGUGCGACAGAGAGCUCCAAAGCGAAACAGUGAUAGAUCUAGAAAGUCCUGUAGUAGUGGACUUUCACUUUGAUGACAGCGUUAGUCAGGCAGGAUUUCUGAUGUGUUUCGAAAAUAUCGGUAUAUUAACUAAAUUCU